GAACCAUGGGUUCUUCUUCCUCCCCCCCGAUGUCUGCAACAUCCUAUAAAAAGGGUCAUCUUCUUUGUAAUCAUGCAUCCAAUAUCUUCCAUCAAAUUCAGAAAUUCGUUUACAUUGUUUUUUUUCUACAUACAACAAAAUUGAAAUGGGAGACGAGGUCCCAACCCAGCAAGAAGAAGAGAUCGUGUCUUCUAAACCUCCAACUAUUCCUCUUCUCACUCCUUACAAGAUGGGAAAUUUUAAUCUUUCUCACAGAAUUGUUUUGGCACCAUUGACUAGACAGAGAUCUUAUGACAAUGUUCCUCAGCCACAUGCCAUAUUAUACUACUCUCAGCGAACCACCAAAGGGGGCCUUCUCAUAUGUGAAGCCACUGGAGUAUCCGACACUGCUCAAGGGUAUCCAUUUACCCCAGGUAUUUGGACCAAAGAACAAGUUGAAGCAUGGAAACCCAUUGUAAAUGCUGUGCAUGCCAAAGGAGGGAUUUUCUUUUGUCAGAUUUGGCAUGUUGGAAGGGUCUCAAAUACUGGUUUUCAGCCAAAUGGGCAAGCUCCAAUAUCUUCUACCAAUAAGCCCUUGCAUCCACAACCCUCACAAAAUGGGGUGGAUUUUGAUAGAUUCACGCCUCCGAGGCGCCUUAGGACGGACGAAAUUCCUUCUAUCAUCAAUGAUUUUAGGAUUGCUGCUAGGAAUGCUAUAGAAGCUGGAUUUGAUGGAGUUGAGGUUCAUGGGGCUCAUGGCUACCUCAUUGAUCAGUUUUUGAAAGACACAGUGAAUGACCGGACAGACCAAUAUGGUGGAUCCUUAGAGAACCGAUGCCGAUUUGCUCUGGAAUUAGUUGACGCUGUUACGAAUGAAAUUGGUGCUGAUAAAGUUGGAAUAAGGCUGUCUCCCUUUGCAGACUAUAUGGAAUCAGGAGAUUCAAAUCCUGAAGCCUUAGGACUUUACAUGGUCCAAGCCUUGAAUAAACGUGGGAUUCUUUACGUGCACAUGGUUGAGCCAAGAAUGAAAACAGCCGGAGAAACAGAUGAAUACCCUCAUGGCCUUGUCCCCAUGCGAAAGGCUUUCAAUGGUACUUUUAUUUCAGCUGGAGGUUUUGACAGGGAAGAGGGGAACAAAGCUGUGGCAGAGGACCAUACAGAUCUCAUUGCUUAUGGUCGUCUGUUCUUGUCCAAUCCUGAUCUGCCUCGGAGAUUCGAGCUUGUUUCUCCUCUCAACAAGUACGAUAGGAACACAUUCUACACUCCUGAUCCAGUCGUUGGCUAUACUGAUUAUCCAUUUCUUGAAUCCACUGCUUAGCUUAUACUGACAUACCAAGAAUGGAAGAGGAUUAUAUGGUAUUAUUAUAUCCUGAGUGAAUCAAACGGCCUUCUAAGGUUACAUUUUCCUACCACUUUCAUCACAUCACAAGUGCUGUUUUACUGUAUGUGAUAGAAAGAAACCUAUCACCCCUGUAAUACCCAAUAACCUAGACUCUGUGGAAUCCCUUCAGAUUUGGUGGGAGAGUUGGGGACUUCUACUACGAGUCUGUUUUAUUGCCAGGCCUACUUACAUGUGAUUUAAUAAACAAUACCAGACCUGGAUUCCAUUGGAAUACAGUGUCAAAAGUAGUGCAUCUUACAUGGCUGACUUGGUCAAGCAAAUAUAUUAUUCUAUUGUUUUUUUGUUCCUAUUUUUAAGCUAAUUGUUUGAGUCUGUUUGUUAUGGAAUAAGUCAACUUUCGUGUCAGUUUUUUCAGGAAGGCAGUUCAGCCUUUUGCAUUGUCUAGUAGCUGUAACUUGUAGGUAGAGAGAAAAAAAAAUAAAGAUCAGUUGUCAUUCUGGCACUUGUGUA